UUAAUCGUAUCCUGUACCUUCUAGUCUCUUCAAUGAGAACCGCUCUCGUGUGGGUGUAAGGUUUACGGAAGACGUCGACUUGCUCUCGCGAUACUUUGGACAAGCCGUGGGAUUUUAGAAAUCGAGGGUUGUGGCAGAGGGGGGCUAAGGCUGCUUCAUGGAAGCGACGGGAACCAGAUGAACCUCUGUAGCAUCUUUACAGCUGUUCUGUGAGCGCAGGGUGAUUAUUUACAGGUGGAAGUAAAAGGAACUCCUUAAUAUGAGUGAUGACAAACCCUUCCAGUGCACUGCUCCUGGGUGUGGACAGAGAUUCACAAAUGAAGACCAUUUGGCUGUCCACAAACACAAGCAUGAGAUGACACUGAAGUUUGGCCCAGCAAGAAAUGACAAUCUUAUCAUUGCAGACCAAACUCCUACACCCACCCGCUUUUUAAAGAAUUGCGAGGAAGUCGGUCUCUUUAACGAACUCGCAAGUCCUUUCGAUCAUGACUUCAAAAAAUCGGCCGAAGAUGACAUCAAAAAGCUACCCCUGGAUUUGUCACCGCUUGCUACACCAAUUAUACGCAACAAAAUUGAGGAACCCACAGUUAUAGACGCACACAGAGACAGCCCGCUGCCUCAUCCUGAAUCCACUACAAGUGACGAUAAGGACUUAUCUUUGCAGCCAGCCUCACUGCCAACAUCCACUAUAGUCCACCCUGCAUCCCUCCAAGUUCCCAAUGUACUUCUAGCAACCACAGAGGCUAGUGUUGUAAUACAGCCAGCUCUCCCAUCGCCAACAUCUAGCUCUGUUAUUACUCAAGUCCCCUCCACUAAUAGGCCUAUAGUCCCGGUGACUGGUACCUUCCCUGUGCUCUUACAGUUGCCUAAUGGCCAGACCAUGCCAGUUGCAAUACCUGCAUCAAUUACAAGCUCAAGUGUACAUAUCCCAACUACAAUCCCACUUGUCAGACCUGUCACCGUAGUGCCUGCCGUCCCUGGAAUCCCUGGACCUCCCUCGCCACAGCCUCAGCCCGUCCAAUCAGAAGCAAAGCUGAAACUGAAAGUCACAUUAAGCCAGCAGCUUCCUCAGGUAACCAAUGGAGAUGGAGGCGAGGUCCAGAGCAGUGCAGUAACCCACACUGUUAAUCCCGCUUCCCCUGCUCCGACCCCGACUCCAGUCCCGACUCCAACCCGGGCGCCGGCUGCGAUCCUAACUCCGGCUCCCCAACUGCCUACAACUGAGGAAGCCUCCACACAUUCCCUUCAGCAGCCAGCCACCUCCACCACAGAAACACCUGCUUCCCCUGCUCCCCCUGUGCCAAACCCUCCAACCACCGGGGGCCGGCGGCGCAGAACCACAAGCGAAGACCCCGAUGAGAAGAGACGCAAAUUCCUCGAGCGCAACCGGGCCGCAGCGUCUCGCUGUCGGCAGAAGAGGAAAGUGUGGGUCCAGUCUCUGGAAAAGAAGGCCGAGGACCUGGGCUCCAUGAAUACACAACUACAGAAUGAAGUCACCCUGCUGAGAAACGAAGUGGCUCAGCUGAAGCAGCUUCUUCUGGCUCAUAAAGAUUGCCCUGUAACCGUCAUGCAGAAGAAGUCUGGCUAUCACAUCUCCGACAAAGAUGAAAGCUGCGAGGAGAUGUCCGUCCCCAGCAGCCCGCAGAAUGAGGCCAUCCAGCACAGCUCCGUCAGCACCUCCAACGGGGUCAGCAGCUCCUCCUCCUCAACGACCCCGGCGGUCUCAGCCCCACCCAGCGCCGCUUCGGCCACAUCCAAGCAGAGCACAGAGGAGAGCCAGCCGCGGAGGGCCAGCACCCGUUCCCAGCCUUCAGGGAGCUGAUCACCCCAAACUGCUCCAGAGCAUCCCACACUGGAGUGCUAAUCGCUCUCAAACCUUUUUGUGACAGAGGAAAGGGGUUCUCUCUCAGCUUCAGUUGUGGACCAUACACUUUAAUUUAUUCUUGAUUGUUUGGGUAAAUGUUUAACUUUUGUACUUGAUAGUCUAUGCUUUUAAAGAUGCAAUGUUUUCACAAAAGAAAAGCACUUUAGGUGUAACUUGUAAAAAAAAAAAUGUUGCUUUUAAUUGUUUUCAUAUGUU